UUCCAGCAAAGAUUAUCGACCACUUGUCCACAAGUGACGUCACGGUCAAGGAAGGAGAGACCGUGACCAUGGUGUGUAACGUCACCGGCACCCCGCAACCAACGGUCAGCUGGUAUCGGUUGGUCACCGACUCUAAGGGCAUUCAGAAACACAGUGAGUUCUGCCCUGGCACCCAUAAAGUUGGAGUCAGCGGGGAAGUGUUGAUUAUUCAUAACGUAACACGUCAUUGCGGAGAUCGUUACGAGUGUGUUGCCUUUAAUGGAGUGCCCCCAGCUGUUACAAGAGUCAUUGAAGUCUUCGUGGAAUUUGCACCCGAGAUUUAUCUGCCCAAUAAAAGAAUCGGACAGGAGAAAGGAAAAGAGACAAUUCUAGAAUGCACGGUUACUGCCUUCCCCCAUGCGGUGACCAUGUGGAAGAAAGGAGACCAUAGAAUCCUCACUUCCACACUUAAGUACAGGGUGGAGGUGUACGACGAGGACAAGGAUAAACUGACACUCAGUCUCCGAGUUUUCAACAUUCAGGAUUCAGACUUUGGUGCUUACACCUGUGAGGCUUCAAAUCCCCUGGGUGAAGACGAGGAAACGAUGUAUUUAUACGAUUACGCCGAGCACACACGAACAACAACGACCACUUCAGCCACGACCGUGCAGUUGUACAUGCAAGCUACAUCCCAACACUGGGAGUCCGAGGCACCUGCGGUGGGCAUGAGACCCUCAGCUACCAGUGAUCGUCAUAGGGGACACGCCUGGCAAGGUGAGGACAGCCAGCGGCCUCGGUAUACUUCACGGUACAGACCUGGAGAUCCUUCCG